ACAUAAAUUUCCGGUGUACAAUGACAAUAAUAACAAAUUUUCAGUGUACAUAUUUAUUUAAAAUCUGUGUUGGUCAUUGAUUCUCCAGAGAGAUAAACUUUUAUAUGAGAAAUGUGCAUAUUUUCCUUAUCAACAUAACCUUAAAAUAUCCAAAAGUAUCGAGUAUAUAUCGAGAGGAUAAAGCCAGUAGAGACUUUCGAAAAGUUCCUUCAAGAGAAAUCAUGAACAAAACUCCGGUUUCAAUUCUACAAGAAAUGAUGACGAAGAAGAAGUGUGUACCUAAUUAUGAAUUAAUUCACGACGGUGGAGGAACACACGAUAAUACAUUUACGUACCAAGUUUCUUGCGAUGGAUUCGUGGCCAUUGGCACUGGACGAUGUAAAAAAGAUGCAAAACACGAAGCUGCUAAAGAAAUGUUAGAAACAAUUGCUGCUCAUCGUGCAUAUCCUCAAUUACAAGAGUCUCCAGCUCCAUCUCCUGCGAGAAGACCAUUGUUAACAGAGCCGCCAAUUUCUCCUAAACGUUCGACGAAUAUGCCCUUUUUAAAUGCCAUUGGAGCCUUAUCACAAUUGUGUGUGGACAACAAUCUCCAAGCACCAGAAUACGAAGAAGUUGACGACAUCGGUCCACCGCACGCUAGAGUUUUCACAAUAUCCUGUCUAGUAUCCUCAUUCAAGGAGGAAGGAGUCGCCACCACCAAAAAGCAAGCAAAACACGAAGCCGCAAGGAGAAUGCUCGAGAAAAUUCAAAUAGUCGUUGAGGAUUUAAAUGACUCCGGCGAAAUUGAUAUACGUAACGAUGAGGCAAAAUUAAAAGAAAACGAUGCAAAUACAAUGGCCAUUGAAAGGUAUUCAACACUAACGAAAUUGCCCCAAAAGAAAGUGAAUUUAGGUGUCAAAUUAGAUGACUAUCAUCGACAUUUAAAAAAAUCCUACGAUGACGAUACACGUUUGGAAAUUCUCAAACAAUUGUCAAGUUUUGAUGAAUUAAUAAGAUCGUCAAGUUGUGAUAUUACCGAGGAUUUUCUCAGCGAAUUAAAAGUGAAAUUUAUCGAUUUUUUGAAACCUCUCUAUUUGACGUACUAUUCGUCGAAACUCGAUACAAAAACGAAAAAUAAUUGCGCCGUUGUUGUGGAAAUAUCGACAAAUCCCGAUAUUGUCGGUAUUGGAAUUGCUGAUUUUGAACAUCAAGCCGAGAGGAAUGCAAUCAACCAGGUCAUUAAUAAUUUAAUAUUUUUGUUUUCCUAAAAUUAUCUACAAAUUUUAACCACUUGAUUAAUUUUUUAUUACUGAAUUUAAUUGAUUGUAAUAUAUUUACUGUAUGUGUUCAUAGAACGAAGAGAAUAUACAAUUUUUAUUUUAA